AAAAUGUCAAAAAUUCAGCUUGAAUGUUGUGACAACUUCGCGGUGGAGGGUUCGCAGAAAAAUCUUCCGAAAUUUUUUUAGUAUUUUAUAGGUUUAAAAAUGUGUUUAUUUGCUGUGUGAUUGCAAAAAAAAAGCCGUGUUUAGAUAAGAAUAGUAACCAAAGUGCAAAACCAACUACAUCCAGGUUCGGUUGGCGGAAUACCAUUCGCAAAGAUGUCUCUGGAACCCUCGGCUUGUGAAGACCUGAAGGCCUUCGAACGGCGCCUCACGGAAGUUAUAGCAGCAUUACAGCCCUCUACCCUGCGAUGGAGAAUUCUCUUAUGUACCAUGUCACUGAUAACGUUCGUGGGAGCGUUCUACUGGCUGACGGAUCCCCGCACUUCGAUUGUCCCGCUAAUGGACUCACUAUGGAACCAUCCAGUAUUCACUUUUUCGACCGCUAUUCUGCUCCUGCUGUUCGUGUUUGGCAUCCACAAGCUGGUGAUGGCCCCGCAGAUCAUCACGUCUCGAACGCGAAGCGUUCUGGCCGAGUUCAACAUGUCUUGCGACGAAACCGGCAAGCUGAUACUGCGGCCGCGGCCAACCAACAACUCGCGAUAUAUCAACGGUAAUGGCGGAAGCGUCCGUAGCCCCAAGAAGACGAAACGAUAGCGCGUGGAUUGGCCGAGGUCUCGGGAGAUAUGCAUGACGACGCGGAUCAAACAGGGUUGAAGCCAAAAUGACACAAGCGAUAAUGCGAUUUCUUUUUUUUUCUGAGAGUGUGUUUGGGGUGCCAAUUGUAAAUAGUCGAUAGGAUGAUUUUAAUUGUAUUUCCCACAGUUUUUCACAUAUUGUUUGAAAAAUUACCAUUAAACGUUCGUAAGUUUUGAUCUUUCGCAUUCAGUCAAGUGUAGUUGGUUUUGAAAAAUUAUGGAAAAUAAAUACUUUUGUUCAAAAAAGGA